CUGAAGAUGGCUAAUUACACGUCAGCCCCGGAGGAUGACUAUGACGUCCUCAUAGAGGAUGACCUGAAUAGCAGCGAAAUAGAACCAUGCAACCCCUAUGACCCCAAGAUCCUGGCGGCCCGGGUGGUACCCCAGCUCUCCACCACCGUGUUCCUGGCUGGUCUCCUGGGCAGUUUCUUGGUUGUGCUUAUCCUGGUGAAACAUAAAGGACUCAAGCACACGGAAGAUAUCUAUCUCCUGAACUUGGCAGUUUCGAAUUUGUGUUUCUUGCUGGCCCUGCCAUUCUGGGCCUACACUGCGACACACGGGGGGGUUCUCGACAACCCCUUCUGUAAAAUUCUAGUGGUCCUGUACUCCAUAGGCCUAUACAGCGAGGCAUUUUUCAAUGUCCUCCUGACAGUGCACAGGUACCUGGUGUUUUUCCCUGUGAGCCUCCCCUCAACCACCAGGACAGCACGCUGGGGCAUGAUCUCAAGUGUUCUGGCAUGGGUCCUAGCCACUCUGGUCAUUUUGCCCGAAUCUGUGUUUUAUAAAGCUCAGAUGGAAAGCCAGACAUACAAGUGCUUCUUGAGACUACCUCACUUCCUGCUGGCGGAGGAGACAUCCUGGAAGCGUUUUCUGACCUUAAAGAUGAACAUUUUGGGACUUCUUUUUCCACUGUGCGUUUUUGUCUUUUGCUACACGCGAAUGAGAAAAAUACGAAGGUCUGGGGAGAGGAGGUCUGGCCUUUCUAAGCUGGUUUUUGCCAUAAUGGCUGUUUUCCUUCUGAUGUGGGCACCUUACAACAUUGCACUUUUCCUGUCCACUUUCAAAGAAUCUUUCUCCCUGCACGACUGCAAGAACAACUACAACCUGGACAGGAGCGUUCAGAUCCUGAGAAUUGUCGCAGCCACCCACUGCUGCAUCAACCCCCUCCUCCACGCGUUCCUUGACCCCACAUUCAGAAGACACCUUGGCCGCCUUUGCUGUGUGCACGAUGGCUGUCUGCUUCAGUCCAGAGAGGAAUCUACACGAGAUGCCGCCAGGGAAGAACUUGACCAUUCCACCAAAGUGUAA